CUCAACUCUCAAGUCGCAUUCCUCCAUCUCUCUCUCUACAGCCACCACUUCUCUCUCUACAGACGCGUCGCGGCCACAAAAAUGGGUUUUCCAGUCGGUUAUACGGAGCUUCUACUCCCCAAAGCACUAAUUCACACACUUUCCAUACUGGGUUUCAUCAGAAAACUCAUAAACACCCUCUUUCGUUAUCUGGGUCUCCCCGAUUUCUCGGAACCCGAUUUCGUUUGGACCGACCAGCAACCCACCCGAAUCCCGGUCUCUCCUUCCAUGUCGACGCUUCUAAUACGCGAGAUCCUUCCAGUCGUCAAGUUCUCAGACCUUGUGGAUCCGCCCGACAGCUGCGCUGUCUGUUUGUACGAAUUCGAAAGUGACGAUGAGAUCAGACGGUUGACGAAUUGCCGGCAUAUCUUCCAUCGGAUCUGCCUGGACCGUUGGAUGGGAUACGAUCAGAAGACUUGUCCGCUCUGCCGUACACCCUUUUUACCGGAUCAUCAGCAGGAGGAUUUCAAUGAGAGGCUUUGGGGUUCUUCUGGAAUUUCUGAAAGUUUUGGGGAAUAUUCACAAAUUCCUGGUUUGUAUCAGGACAUUAGUUAUUAGAUUUAAAUAAAGAAAACAAAAAGAGAGACAUUUUUUUUUUCUCCUUUGUUUUUGGGGGGUUUGGAUGGGUUGAUCUCUGUAUAUAUACAAGAAUUAUCAAAAGGAAUGAAAAUUGAGUUGCUAGAAUUAGAUUAUUUUUGUUGUUCUUUUUUCCUCCCCAUAUUUUUUUCUGGGUUAUAAUAAAUAGUCAAAAUUUGUGGUAUAA